CGAGGUGCAUUUGGUGGGUUUGGGUUGGCGCAAGCCGCGAGGGAAGGGAGGGCCGGGCGGCUGCCGGGUCGCCGUCGAGGCGUCCUCCCUCCCGAGUCCCACGAGCACGGAGCACCGGCCUCCGGUUCAGAUUCGGUGACACGCACGGCACGGACGAACCCAACGGGGCACUGCUCACGGGAAAGAGAGAGGAUUCCUCCGCCGCGUCCGCGUUGGACUGGACAGCUCACGCCGCUGCGAAAGCAACCAGCCAGAGCCAGAUCCGUCGGUUCCAACGAAACAUCCAUUCACGCCCGCCACCGGCAUCCCCAUCUCCGAUCCGCCGCAGCCGCAGUCGCAGGCACGUCCUCCUCUCCGGCCACCCGGAGCGCGGCAGCCAGCGAGCGAGCCACUGUGGUCGCCGUGCAGGUACCUAAUUUUUGCAGCCCCCACAAAGUCAGAGGGUGGGGGCAAAAAAGAAAGGGGGAAGACAGUCACAGAGAGGUGCGCGGCCAACUUGCCUGGUGCGGGUGGUUUCGGGCACGGGCGAGCGCCAUCCGCUCGCUGCCGAUCCCAAUCCGGCCAGCAGCGGCCGCCCCGCCACCGGGCCUCCCUCCGACCGUUCCCCCCGCCCGCCAUGGCUGGUUCCAUGGUGGACCGCGCCACCAGAGACAUGCUCAUCGGCCCGGACUGGGCUAAGAACAUGGAGAUCUGCGACAUCUGCAACCGCGACCCCGGGCAAUCAAAAGAUGUCGUCAAGGCACUAAAGAAACGGAUUGGCCACAAGAAUCCAAAAGUUCAACUUCUUGCACUAACUCUGUUGGAAACUGUUAUAAAAAAUUGUGGGGAUAUACUUCACAUGCAUGUUGCAGAGAGAGAUAUAUUGCAUGAUAUGGUGAAGAUAGUGAAGAAAAAGUCUGAUCCUCGUGUUAAAGAGAAGGUAUUGGUGCUGAUAGAUACAUGGCAAGACGUGUUUGGGGGAUCACAUGCAAGAUAUCCACAAUACUAUGCAGCAUACCAUGAGUUGGUGCGUGCUGGAGCUGAAUUCCCGAAGAGACCCGAGAAACCUGCACCUUUGUUUAAUGGCCAGUCUCAGGCAGCAAGGAAUAUGCGUAGUCCUGACCAACAGGAAGCGGAAUCUUCUGCUGCCAAUGAUUUUCCUGCUUUGAGCAUGUCGGAGAUUCAUAACGCUUGUGGUAUUAUGGAUGUACUUGCUGAGAUGCUGAAUGCUUUAGACCCAGGAAACAGAGAGGGGCUAAGGCAGGAGGUAAUUGUGGAACUUGUGGAUCAAUGCCGCACUUACAAGCAGAGAGUAGUGCAGCUAGUUAAUUCUACCACGGACGAGGAACUUAUGUCGCAGGGGCUCACACUGAAUGAUGAUUUGCAGCGUGUUCUAGCAAAACAUGAUGCAAUAGCAGCAGGCAUUGCAGUCCGAGUGGAGAAAAAAUCGAAGUCUUUGCAAGCACUUGUAGAGACCAAGGAUUCGACAAACCAGGAUUCCAAAAAGGAGCAAGGACUCAUAGAUAUUGAGGAUCCCACAAGUCAAGAUGCUGCAAAAGAUCCAAAUCAAAGUACAAGUGACCAAUCUCCUUUUGAGCAAUUAGCUCUUCCAGCACCACCAGUGUCAAAUGGCGCAGCAACUUCAGCACCACAAUCUGAUCUUGGCAUUGAUCUUCUGAGCUGGGAUGAUACCCCUGCUACAACACAAAAUCCACUUGCUCUUGUUCCUGUCACAGAUCCUCUUGCUGACUCUACUUCAUCAAAUCAAAAUGCGCUAGCAAUUGUUGACACAUUUUCAGAAAACAGCACCACGAACCACAACGCUCAACCAGCUGACCCCUUUGGUCUCAAUCCGAGUUCUGCUAUUCCAGGAUCUCAGCUAUACAACACGCCAACUCAGCAGCCUUUCCAGUCACAACAGCCUCCGCAGCAGGCGGCGCUCUAUGCGAAUGGGGGUGCUGUGGACCCUGGAACGUCUUACGAUCAGGCAUCCCAGUUUAAAAAUGUUAGUUCUGGGUGGAAUGGUCAAGCUGCCAACCCUGUUGUGCCCCUGCCAGAGCAAGCACUGAAUUACGAACUCUCUGUAUUCAUAUGAAUCUUCUUUUCUGCCCGAAGAAAAAAAAGUGAUGAUAGUAUCCAAACUCUGUAGAUGAUCAAAGUGGAAACCUUCCACCGCCUCCUUGGGAGGCUCAGCCAGCGUCAAACAAUGAAUUGCCAAAUGGCCAAUUGGGAAGCUUGCAACCUCUCCCAGGUUCAGCUGGCCAGAUCGGUGGCAUGCAGCAGCCACUGCAACCACAAGUUAACCACAUGGGAGUUCCACAAAGCCAGCCAAUGUAUAGUAACCAACCAAUGCAACCCGGUCAGGUUGCCGCCACAACACAGAUGCAGCCUGGCUUCGGAAACCAGCAGUUCGGUUCGCUACCACCAACAUCCAUGCUGGGCAUGCAAUUCGGUGGCAUGCAGCCUCCGCAGAUGUAUGGCGGAUCGCAGCCAGUCAUGAUGUACCCGCAACAAAUGGCAGUGGCCCAGUAUGGAGCAAUGCCGCGGCAGCAGCCGACGUAUGGUGGUCGAUUGGCGGGUUACAUGCAGCAUCCUGCUGUGGCUGCCGCACACUACUACAACAACCAGGGGAUGUAUGGCUACCCCGGUGCGAACGGGCUGUCACAGAGCAUGUAUGGCCUCUCGGUGCAGGACAACUCGUCCAUGGGGAUGAGGUCGUCUUACCAGACUACGACGGCGCCACCCUCCACGGGGCAACCUAUGAAGCCGACGAAGCCCGAAGACAAGCUUUUCGGUGACCUCCUGAGCAUUGCCAAGACGAAGAAAGCUUCAUGAGACGAGCUGGAGCGGGAGCGGCCUUCUGAUAUAUCGUCUCCCCUUUUUUUUGUGGUUUUUCGUGCUGUUUGAUCUUACACUUGUAACAUUAUCUGAAUGUGUAAACUUUUUUGGGGUCCUUUUCUUUUAUUCCCACGUCGUGUGUGAUCCUAUUGAUCCCAUUGGAUU